AUGCAACAUUCAGCCUCAAGUGCAUCGCUUUCAUCCGUUUCAACCUCGUUGGACAAUGAAUUUGGUGAUAUUAUUCCACAUAUUCAUCAGACCUUGAUCCGAAAUUUGAGCGACAAGCUGAAAGAUAAGAGAAAAUCGGGUGGAGAAGAAAUUGAGAGAUUGGUCUGUAAAUUAUUACAAACGGUAGAUUCAUCAUCGGAACCUCCAGCAACAACAAAUGAUCAUUCAGAGCUAAAUCAAGAGGAAAAGUUGAGAAAAGGAGAAUUAUUGGUUAAAAAGUUGAUCCGAUAUCUGACCGUCCAACUUGUUGACUCGAUUCAACCAAAUAUGAAAAAGGGAGGAUUAUGGGCUCUCGGUUCAUGUGCUGUGGCACUUUAUAAAGACAUUGGAAAGUAUUUGGAUGACUUAAUUCCUCCCAUACUUCGAUGUUUUGGAGAUCAAGAUGCAAAAGUGAGAUUUCACGCUUCUGAAUCCAUGUACAAUGUAGCAAAAAUUGCAAGAGGAAAAAUUAUUCCAAAUUAUUUUCACAUGAUAUUCGACCGAUUGUGCAAGUUGAGUGGGGACCCAGAUUCAACAGUCCAAAACGCGAAUGUAGUCUUGGAUAGACUUGUAAAAGAUAUUGUCACAGAAGAUGAAAACUUUAAUGUUGAUCAAUUUAUUCCAGAGCUCAGUAAGCGUAUCAACACCAAUGAUCCAUUCGUGAGACAAUUUUUGUUGAGUUGGAUUGUUAUUCUUGACUCAGUUCCUGAUAUUGAUUUACUUGAAUAUUUACCUCAUUUUCUUUCUGGAAUAUUUGAUAUGCUUAGUGAUCCCAAUAGAGAAAUCAUCAAUCAAGCUAAAACCACUCUUGAAGAAUUUCUUUCAGAAAUUGAAUAUUCAUUUGACUCCAUAGAUUGUGGUCCACUUAUCAAAAUUCUGAUCACACAUUGUGAGAACGUUCCUGGAAGCACUUUGGCAAAACAAAUAGCUAUAUUUUGGAUUUACAAAUUUUUACAGUUCGACAAGAGAAAAGUUCUGCCCUAUCACGCACAAAUUAUUGGUGCUAUUUUACAACAUAUUUCAAGUAAUGAGAUUGACCUGAGAAAUGCAAGUACCAAUGCCAAUAAUGAAAUAAUGCGAAUUAUUGAAGAUAAAUCCACUCCAGAUCAAAUGAUAUCAUUUAGUGACGUUAUGAAGGUUAUCAAAACUGAAUUGCAAAAACCUAACAUUCCUAACAGAAUUUGUGCCUUAAAAUGGUGUCACAUUUUACUAAACAAGAAUUUGGAUCGAGUGAUGAAACAUAUUGACAUCAUUUUUGCUCUCCUGUUAAAAUCCUUAUCCGAUCCAAAUGAAGAUGUUGUCUCUCUAGAUUUACAAGUUCUCGCUAUCAUUUCCACAACAGAAGAAAACUUUCAAAAGUUUUUAAGAAGUUUGGUUCAAAUGUUUCAAAACGACAACAAUUUAUUGGCAAAGGCUGGAUUUAUUUUCAGAAAACUUAGUGUCAUGUUGAACCCAGAAAAGAUUUUCAAGGAAUUGGCGAAUAUUUUACUCGAUACCAAGCAAAGUAAUGUGGAAUUUACUUCUACUCUGGUUCAAACUCUGAACAUGAUUCUCUUAACAAGUAAGGAAUUAUUGGGGUUGAGAAACUCGAUUAAGAAGUGUAAAACCUCUCGAGAAGGUCAAAAAUUAUUUUUUGAUUUAUUUAGAAGUUGGUGCCAUAAUUCUAUUGCAACUCUUACUCUGUGCUUACUUGCCAACCAAUACGAGUUGGCAAGCUAUCUUGUCUCAAGUUUCUCUGAGGUAGAGGUGACAGUCGAAUUUUUAACUCAAAUCGACAACUUGAUUCAACUUUUAGAAUCACCAAUAUUUGUGGAUUUACGGCUGCAAUUAUUGGAGCCUCAGAAACAUUCUUAUUUAUUGAAAACAUUGUAUGGUCUGUUAAUGUUAUUACCCCAAAGCACAGCAUACAGCAAGCUAAGCAAACGCUUAGAAUGUGUCAAUACAUUAUGUAUGAUACAAACAGCAGGUCAACAGAUAGCUGAAACAGAGGAAAACAAAAAUUCUGAAGAAAGUAUUGAAGAACUGUUAAAGCAUUUCAAAACGAUGCAAUCAAAGUUUAGGACAAUGAAUGAAUCCGAUUAG